AUGCAGAAUCAAGCGGAAGAAAUUGUAUUACUUCCGACAACACAUGGAAGACAUUCUCGUGAUGAAAAUCAAAUAUUUCCGGAUCGACAAAAAAGUUAUAAUGAAGAUGCAUCAGAUGUACAACAUCAACAUAUACUCAAACGGUUAAUUAAACCAACUAAUCCAGCAAGUUUAUAUAAACAUCUUCUUCUAUGGGUUAUUCUUUUCAGUUGUCUAUUUCUUCUUGCUGCUCCACUUGCUCUUUAUGCAUCUUAUGCUUUACCAUCCAUUAACCCUUUCAGGCCUACUGUACUAAAUAUAGUACGGCCUGAAAGGGUUAAAUCACGUACAAUACCAUUAUAUGAAUUUAGUGACGAACGUGCUCGUGAUUUUUAUACAAAUUCAACUCGAUAUAGUCCAAGAUUUUACUUGAACUCCUUUCAAAAACUUGUGAAUGAUCCAUCAAUAACAUUUUCUCAAGUUAAUUUAAUUGUUCUAUUUACUGGUGCUGAAGAAAUGGGUUUAAAUGGUGCUGAAGCAUUUAUUAGAAAUCAUCCAUGGAAAAAUGAUAUACGUCGUUUUAUUAAUAUCAAUUCAAGUGGUAGUAAUGAAAAAGCUAUUCUAUAUCGAGUUAAACCAUCACAACUUGUUAGAGAAUAUAGUCGAGUUCCAAGACCGCAUGCAAAUGUUAUCGGUGAUGAAAUUCUUGAAUUAACUGGUUCGGAUACUGAUUAUAGUGUUUUUACAUCAAAAGGAUCAUUAUUAGGAUAUGAUUUUGCUUUUUAUCUCGAUGGUUAUAAUUAUCAUACAUUAAUUGAUAAACCAUCAACUGUUGAAAAUGGUGCAUUACAACAUUUAGGUGAAAAUACACUCGUAUUAUCUCGUAAUAUUCUUCUUGGUAAUAUAGAUCUUCAACAACCAGAAACUAUAUUUGAUGAUGAUGAUGUUAUCUAUUAUGAUGUGCUUGGUCGACAUUUAAUAACAUAUACGAAAUCAACAUCCGUCAUAAUACAAUCAGUUCUUAUUGGAUUUGUUAUUCUAAUAGGAAUAUUAGUCAUUAUUAUUGAUCAUAUAUGGUAUAGAAGAAAUUUUUCAAUUGAUAAUUUUUCCUAUUCAGUUUAUUCUUAUUUUAAAUAUCCAUUACUUAUUCGUAUACUUUCAAUAAUUACAUUUUUUCUUUGUUAUUUAUUAUCAAUUUUGAUUGGAAUAGUUUUUGCUAUUUUUAUUGCAUUUAUUAUAUCAAAAAUACGACCAUUAUCAUGGUAUGGUAAUUCAACAAUAGCUUUUUUUCUUUAUGGAUUACUUUAUUUAGUCGGUAUUAUACUUUGUGAAGCAUUCUGGGGAUAUUUAAAUCGAUUAUUCUUAUCAAAAUAUCCGAAAAAAAAACCUAUGGAAAUUCAAACAAUUAAUUAUAUAAAUCGUGUAUGUUUUAGUUUUGAACGUCAUUGA